AAAAAUAAAAAUAAUAAUUUGAUAAAGUCUCGAAAGCAUCAGCUAUCACUCUCGUCACUUGCAGAUCUCAUGGCAGCCCACCUAUUUAUACACCUCCCCCAUCCUCUCAACCUUCCACACCUCAACAAGCUCCAUCUCCUCUCUCUCUCUCUCUCUCCUCCCCCCCUCUGUCGUACAUAUCUCCAGUUCUAGCGAGCCAGCUCCAUUUGCAUCAAUUGCAAAACUCUCUCUCGUGUUAUAGUCUGGUGCCCUUCACUCCCUACGCAGCAAGCCUCUUCAUUUUAGCUCAUCAAUCUCCAUAUUCCGUAUUUAAUAAUCACAUAUAUAAUCUUUGAAAAGAGCUGCCUUCUACUACUAGUCCACUCUAGAAGACGAGCAAUAUAGUUUCACCUGGCUAUCUGAUCAUGGCCCAUUGGUCCGACCAUGACGGUCUUUUUAAGCGCAAAUGCAAAUUGGUGCAUGGCCCGCUCAUCGUCGGAGCUGGUCCUUCGGGCCUCGCUGUGGGUGCAUGCCUAAAGAAGCAUGGUGUUCCUUUCGUCAUCCUUGAGAGGUCCGACCGCCUUGCCUCCCUCUGGCAAAACCGCACCUAUGAUCGCUUAAGGCUGCACCUCCCCAAGCAAUUCUGCCAGCUCCCUAAGCUCCCCUUCCCCGAUGACUUCCCCGAGUACCCAACCAAGAAACAAUUCAUGGACUACUUGGAGUCCUACGCCAAGAUCUUUGAGCUCAAUCCACAGUUCAAUGAGACUGUCCAGUCUGCGAGGUACGAUGAAAUGGGUGGUAUGUGGCGAGUGAGAACGGUCGUGUCGCGGGGUGGGAAUGCAGGUGGGAACACCGAGAUGGAGUACAUUUGCCAAUGGCUGGUGGUGGCUACAGGGGAGAAUGCAGAGUGUGUGAUGCCGGAGAUGGAAGGAUUGAAGGAAUUUGGUGGUCAGGUCAUCCAUUCUUGCGACUACAAGUCCGGCGAGGCCUACCGAGGGAAGCAGGUGUUGGUGGUGGGAUGUGGCAACUCCGGCAUGGAAAUCUGCCUCGAUCUCUGCCACCACAACGCCUUCCUGACGAUGGUGGUUCGUGAUUCGGUUCACGUACUACCAAGGGAGGUUCUUGGGAAAUCAACGAUCGAUUUAGCCGUCGCCUUAAUGAAAUGGCUCCCACUCUGUCUAACUGAUAAGAUCCUAUUAGUUCUCUCAUGGAUGAUACUUGGAGAUAUAAAGAAGUAUGGCCUGACGCGACCUUCGGAAGGUCCUCUGGAGCUCAAAUACACACAGGGGAAGACCCCUGUUUUGGACAUUGGUGCACUGGGAAAAAUUAAAUCUGGUGCAAUAAGGGUGGUUCCUGGAAUCAAGAGGUUCUUGCCCGGCAGAGUUGAGUUGAUUGAUGGUCGAGUGCUUAACGUGGAUUCAGUUAUUAUGGCUACUGGUUACCGCAGUAAUGUUCCUUCAUGGUUGCAGGGCAGCGAUUUCUUCUCCAAAGACGGAUUUCCAAAGGAACCAUUCCCAAAUGGGUGGAAAGGGAAGUCGGGGCUCUAUGCUGUUGGGUUCACAAGGAGAGGGCUCUCUGGUGCAUCCUUGGAUGCAGUGAGGAUAGCUGAGGACAUUGGCAGAGUCUGGAAAGAGGAAACAAAGCAGCCAAAGCAUAUAAUUGCUUGUCAUAGGAGAUGCAGUUCACAAAUAUGAUGAGAAGAUUUUGAUCUUCUAUUUAUAUGUUCCCCAGUGUUUUGGGUUGUAUAACAGUGCAACCCACCCCUUCCCAAAAAAAAAAGCCCCCGCGGACUCGGACCCCCACGAAAAAAGAAAAAGAGAGAGAGAGAGAGGAAAAAAGGAAAAAGCAAGAUAAAAGGAAGGAAGAGACCUCUCUCAAUAGAAAAGUUGGUGGUGAAGAA